ACAAGUAGAUUGAAUACGAAACAACAGCUAUCCCGGACGCAUAUAGCGCUUUGUUUUGUUUUGUUUUGUUUUUUUUUGCGCCGGCAAAAUUUAUUUCUCCCAAGCUUAAUAAUCUUCUAUUCAUCUUGACUUUUGCCGAGCUGCUUCUCACAAUCCAGAGCGUUCCAGAGUGGAACUACAAGCUUACAAUAAAGAAGCAUCAUGGCAGCGAAUCGCAAUAUUUCAUCGUUUGUAGAAAUCGACGGCCGUCAGAAUGUAGGAAUGGAUCUCGACUCGGAAAACGAUAUCAACAAUGGCGAAGACACGGACGAUGCAAGCGAAACUGAGCAUUUGUCUGGACCAAAUCAUCAUCCCAGCGUUGAUCAGCGGAUGGAAAUUCGGGAACAAAUGUAUCAGGAAAAGCGUGCGAAUCUGUUCGGACAGUUGGAGCUGUGUAAGCAGCGAUUACAUCCAGAAUAUUUAAAGAUUGUGGAACGACUUCAAACGGAAUUGAACGAUCGGUUACUGCUGAAUGAGGUGGAACGUGACUAUUUGUUAGCUUGCGCGGAACGCGAAUGUAUCCUAGAGAAGGGAGCCGCCGAAAAGGAGUACGAGGAAAAGAAGGCCGAAUUGAUAGAAAACUUGAUCGCGGAUCUGGAGGAUCAAAAGAAGACGAUCGAACAGGAGUUCACCACCAUGGAACUGACCGGAGAUUCGAUCGACGUGAAGCCAAAGGUUACCCGUAAACUACGCCGUCGUCCGAAUGAACCUUUGCCCGUGCCAGAGAAACGCCGGAAGCCGACUACAAAUCAGCUUACGUUUUUACUUGACGACAAGGAGAUUGAUCACGAUUUGAAGCUUAUCUCUCGGAGCAAACCAAUCUCGGCUAGCCGUGCAUCUCAGCUGACGACAAACGACGCGGCUAGUGGAAGCAAUACAGGUAGUUCGACGGGCAACGCUCACAAUCGGAGUGGAGGUAACCUCAAUUCCGUUUCGAACGCAGCCGACCAGAAUGGUUCUUCCUCGGAAGUGUACGGAAGCGGAAGUACUUCUGCCGGUCAAGUAACCAGCGCCCAGUCAAACCAACAACCAUUGGCGGAUACGCGAAUCGAGGAUGGCAAGUUAUGGUACGAGCGGCGUUGGUUUCAUCGCGGUCAACCAGUACACGUAGAAGGUCGAGAUAUUUCGCGCUUUUCGGCCAACAUUUCCGCAAUCGGCAUCGAAGCAAUCUGCGUAAAAAAGACAUCCGAUGCACAGAAGGUACGGAUUUGUUUGUCUCAUUUGCGCCGCGGCAAAGUCUCAAUCAAACGGCGCGCAAACUAGUGUAUUAAUUGUAUUGCUUUCUGAAAAUAAUUUUAUCUAUUCUGAGUUUCAUAAGUUCAUAAGUUUUAAGCAAUAAGUAUGAUCCUCCAGGCAGCGAGUUAGUUUCCCUCCCAUCCGUACAGUUUUCUUCGUCUGACACUGUACGAUCCUGAGUUGUAGAGACAACUCAAUUGGCAAAACAGACUAGAGAAAGGCUUUAAUUUUGUUUUUAUAUUAAUUCGUACAGUGGUGCAUGCCCAGCUUUCCCCGAAUAUUAAUUUACCUUUUAACUGGGUAAUUUGAAGGGAAAUUAGCGUACCUUAAAUUACCCAAUGUCACGUGUCAAAUUCGCCGAACGGAUAAAUAUAAACGAAUGCUAAAUUAUCUUGUAAAUUAAAAGUGAUUUAAAUGUAAAUCAAGCAGAUUUGCCUGACUGUUCUUGCUACUCAAAGAACGGUCCACGAUCAGGAUAGAAUUUUGAACCGUUCCUAUCGUGUGAAACCGGCACCGUAUUGUGUAAAAUUAGAUGUACGACAAGCUCAAAUCAUCCUGGAAAAACACACAAACUGCGAGCAGUACG